AUGCCCUCCUCUUCAACGAGUGCAAUAUCUGGGGCGUCGGUUCUGUGUCCACCUCGGGUGCCUAAGGUCAACCUUACGACGUGCAACAAGAACACACAGGUGUGCCUCAGUGGCACCUGUGAGAGCUCCAUCUGCAAGAAAUACGGCUACGAUGACUGCCAACUUUUAGCGAGCGAUGGCUACAACUCUGGUCAGAUGUGCGAGAUUCGCUGUCGGUCACCCGAUUCCAACGGAGGUUGCGUGAAUCCUUGUCAUGUGCCGCAGCUGAGACCCGUGUGCGGUGUGCGAAAAGAACCGGGUUCGGCAUGCAAUAACAACAAUGGAUACUGCGAUAUCUUUCACAAGUGUCGUGGCAUCAACGAGGAAGGCCCACUCUCCCGCCUGCAUGGGCUGCUCUUCAACCAAUCCGGGAUCAGAAUGUGGAUCGAGUUUUGCCAGCAACAAGAGCUAAAAAACGUUUUGAAGAGUAUUUCGAACGCAUCGAAAGACUUUUUGGAUGUAUUUUUUAGUGCCAAGACUCACAAGCCCGAGAUGCCGUUUAGGGUAAUACUAUCAGAGAGGGGUACUUGGCAGAAAGCUCUUGGCUUGUUUCUCCAGGAGAAGCUAAAACUUCUUGAUAUCGAGGAUCCUUUUCUUGUUAAAAACUCGGAAGGAGUUCUUGAUUUUGCUCGCUCUCAGUCUGAGGGUAAGCUUUAUGCCUUUUCUGUAGACAUCAAAGAUUUGUAUUACUCCCUGCCCCAUGACAUGUUGAUUUCUUGUGUUGAAGCUAACAUUGACCGCUUUGGGAUUGUCGCUUUUCAGAACACAGCUGGCUUAUCUGCUUCAGGCUUUGUACAGCUUCUAAUUAUGUAUCUUAAAUCUACAUACAUUCACUGGGAUGGGAAACCGUUUCUACAGAAGAAAGGAGUUUGUAUCGGAUCUUGCAUAGCCCCAGUGCUCAGUGAUCUCUUGUUGGCAGAUGUAGAUAAGUCCAUGUCAAGUAUUCUACAUAGUGAGGGUGUCAUAAAAACGUUCCGUUUUGUAGAUGACUAUCUGUUAGUCAUCAGAGGGAAUGUUACCAACCCUGAGUCCCAAGCACUGAACACCAUAUCCAAGGUUCAAACUUUCUUAAGCCCAUUAGAGCUUACACAUGAGUUGCCAGUUAACAGUUCUAUCAAGUUUUUGGACAUUACUCUCACCUUCAAUCAAGACCAUAUGUGUUGGGCCUACUGCCCGCGAGCAAACAAACCACUCCUUCCUUACGAGUCUGCGCAUUCAAAGUUAGUUAAAAGAGGGAUUGUCAAGUACUGCCUACGUAAUGUGUUGCAGAAGUCUUGCCCGCAUCAAAUGGCAGAGUGUCUUCAACGACAAACCGAAAGGUUGCAUAGAGCAGGUUACCCAACGCAUGUUGUGGUAUCUGUAGCUGAAGCCUUGCUCAGGCAAAUUCGAGCUCAUGGCCCUAAUCAACUGACGGCACCCGACCCCGACAGAGGGAGAGUAGUUGUCAUUCCCUACCUGCAUAACAUCUCGCACCGCCUAAAAAAGAUUGGUGAAAGGGCAGGAGCAAGGGCUGUCUUCUCGGCCCCAGAAAAGCUAAGUAAGCUCAUCACCUUCGCAGAGUAUUUGGGUUACAUGCCAAGCAUUGCCAAAACAUGUGUCUUCGUGAGCCAGCCUACCAGAGAACGUGAGCACCGUCCCCCGUCGGCAAAGGGUUCCAGGAGUCAGGGGCGUCACAUCCCGGCAAAGUUCGUUCUUCUUAGGGUCAGUUCUCAUUUGGUGACGCCCGACGCCACGUCGUGA